AUGCAAGUACGUACCAGCGCCAAGACUCGAUUUAUCAACUGAAGGUCAUUUAAGCCAUGAACUGAUCAUUAGUCUUUCCCGACCCCAGCAAAUGCAUAGCCGGCUGUGAACCGUGAGUGCGCUUUAUUGAAGCUCCGAGUGUCGCUGCCAGUUGUAUCCUUUGAACGCUCAACUUCGCAUUUUCGCGAUGGCCAUCCUAGUUCCGAUAAUCCCAACUACCAACAUUGUGUUCUCAAGGUUUGCAAGGGGCGGAACAGAUACUGUACUAUAUAUCAGGCCCAGUCGAAGAACGCUGCCGCCUGUAUGAAAAGCUUGCCAGCAGGGAGUAGCGUAGCGGGGUGAGUCAUCUUCGAGUCGCCGGACGACAAUUGUCUCGGUAUGCUGCUGACCAGAUGA